AUGGAGGCUGUAUCGAGAUGGCUUUGUGGCUUCUAUGCAGACAAAGUGACGAUUCAACGCCACAGACGGACAGUAACUUGUGGAGAUAAAGUACUACUUUGUAGUAUCAAGUUAACCGACCCUAAUUCAAAUUUUACAAAUUAUCACGAGAAUAAAAUCACUGUUUUAUACCACGGUAGAAAUGCGGAAGCAGUUGGAGACUGUAAAUUGUAUAUUACGAAAGUAAAUUCUCGACAACUCGACGUUUUCUGCUAUGCUCGUCGCGCUGGGAGAGCAACAGUGAAGGUAGAUCUGGGGAAAUGGUAUCAAGUCGAAGGCGGUAAGCAAGAUAUCACUGUAAAGUAACCUAACUUUAUAUCUACUAUAUACUGGCUAGCUAAUCAGAUCUAAACUAUUCUCCCCUGCAGAGGGCAACUGUGCAAAUGAAGCCAUUGUUAUUCAUACAAGCCUAAUCUCGCGCAACGAGAGUUGCGUCACUGUAUGCACAAUUGCACACACGCUUUUAUCGCGAGACUCGUGAUUUUAAUCAAUCUCGCGAAUAUAUACUUGUUUGAAUCCAAUCUCGCGCCCGAUCGAUUUCGAAUCUUGAACAGAAAUUAAAGAAUGUCAAGCAAAAGAUAAACUAUCAAUGGGUAAACAACUAAUCUGAUCAUCUUGACUGACAUUUUAACACGAGUGAUCUACGAGUCUUAUUAGUAUAAUCUGCUCUUUUAUCUUCCGUUACAGAUGAAUGUCCGACUCGUUUCGAGUCCGUAUUUUAAGAAAUCAAAAGUAAUGUUGUAUUGCCUAUUGGCCAAGUAUCACUUUAGAAUUAUUUCAUAUAUUGCAUGACAGCGUAUAUAGUUUCCACAAUAAUUUUAAAUAUAUAGUGAGUGAAAACAUGGGCGAUCUACUGAGUAUUGUUGUGUACAAUUUCAAAAUGUGUUGAUUUUUUUUUCAAAACUUCAACCCAAACAAUUCAGUUUCUCAUAAAUAUAGACUGCUUCUCGGCUUUGCCCCCAUUUAAUUAAACAAGUUCUCAAUUAUACGAGAGAAGUGUUUAUAUGUUAUAAGAAUAGUGAGAUACUGUGUCGUAUUGCAAACUGAAAGCGUGAGAACUGUUCAAAAAUCGUGAACCGGUUAGCUCCCUACCUUUCGCAGCCAAGCUAAACACACACUGCAUGCUGACUGCCCUUGGGUGCAACUGUUAAAUCACAGGAGGGUAAUAUAAUAUAUCGUUUGCAACGUUUAAAACUACAACAAAAUAUCGUGAAAAUACAAGAGUAGGCGUAAUAAUUAAUCUAUGCCUGCAGCUUUUUUAAUGCCCUCUAGUUUUUAAGGCCAUGUUAUACAGGAUUCCGGGACAUGCAUAGGCGUACGGGACGGGAGAAAAUUAGGGGCCGGGCGGAAAGAAAUUUGCCCGACUUUUUCGGAUUGUGCCCGACCAGUGCUGAAAUUUUUUUUUUCCAGAACAAUUAAUUUUAGCGACUUCCCCCCCCCCCUUUCGGUUACUGUACCAUUUUAGGGGUCCAAAAAUUUUUCGGACAUAACAAAAUUUUUCGGAAGAUCAAACAAAUUUUCCCCAAAAUCACAAAAUUGACAUAAUUUCCCGCAAAUAUGUCCCAUUUUAUCUUAUAAUAACCCAAUAUUGCCCGACUGUUAAGCGAAUAUUGACAAACUGGCUUUGUUUGCCCAACAAACGGGGGUUAUUAUUAAGAGAGAUUUUAUUGCUUUGACUACUUUUUGCCCGACUUUUGCCCGACUUUUGUUGAACAUUUGCCCGACUUUUCGGCUUUGUAAUCUUUUUGGGGCGGGGGGGGGGGCAGCUGCCCCCCCCGUCCCGUACGCCUAUGGGGACAUAUCAAAAAAGUAGUCACGUAUAGAAAUUGUGAUCAUAUAUGGCACCACAUUCAAGGACACACAUUGGAGUAGGGGAUUUAGCCUCCCUCAAACCCCCCUCUCCCCUCGACAGCGUUCGAAAAUCACAAAACGUCGGUCCAAGUUUUUAUUGGGACUGUGUCCUUCCGAUUUUCUGCUAUAAGAGUUAGUACUUCAAACAUAACAUGGUUUUAUUUCGGAAAUUAUAUAUAGUGUAGUGUGCAAUAGCAAAAUCAAAAAGAAUGUAAAGUUAAAGAUAAUUUUAGCUGAUGGUUCGUGCAUGGCAGAUUAAUUUUUCUGACUUGUAUUUUAAUAAUUUAACACUCCACCAGGGGCGAAACUAGCCCCUUUUAAUUGGGGGGGGGGGGUAUACUAGAAUUGCCCUGCGAAAGCCGAUGAUGCCCUGCAGCAAAAAUUUUUUUUGGCCACUUUUUCUCCCAAAAUGGUUGGCGAGCGGGGGAGAGGUCGAAAAAAUUUUUCCGGACAUAAAGGGGGCGAAAAAAUUUUUCCGGACAUAAACCAAUUAGAUUAAAGGUUAAAAAAUUCCUGUUAAAACAUGCAUGAAACCCUUAUUUUUUACCAGUAUCUGUAAAAUUUAGGUCUCUAUAAAUUCUAUUCAAUUCCCUCUGGAAGCCCUGCGGAAGCUACUUAAUAACUCUACAUUCUAUCAUUUAAAAUCUUUCAUUGCCCUGCCAGUCCAGAUGAUUUGUACUUUGGGAAUCCAGAUGAUUUGCCCUACCAAUCCAGAUGAUUUGUACUUUUUUGGGGGGGUCCCCCCACCCCACACACACACACCCUCUCAAGUUUCGUCCCUGUACUCCACAUCAAACGCCAGUCGUAUUACGGCUCCUUAAUUUAGGUUGCAUCUCUGUUGUCUGUUUGACGUUUCAAAAAUAUCAAUUGUAAUGAACGUGAUGUUAAUUGUGUAAUAAUUAUCUUGUAUAUAGAUCAAGAUCUAAACAUUGACAUAGUUCCAUCCACGCCACAUUAUGUAAAUGAUGUCAGAUUUACAACACAUGGCGCAAUUGAUGAAAGUUUUUCUGCGGAUCCUACAGUCAUGUACAGGAACCAGUGGUCAAUCUUAGAAGCGGAGAUGGUUGAUCGCUACAACAAUGUUGUCUGUGAAUUGAGUAAUGACUACAACAUUGGUUUACUGUUGUUCGACGAUAAGGGAAAGGUGAUAGAAAUGGAAUACAAAGAUGUUGAAUUUCAAAAUAAAAGGCUUCGAGUACAAAUGAAGAUAAGUGAGGCUGGGAAAUAUCAUCUAGCAAUAAUUCUGCUCAGUAGAAACAGUCACAAUCAAGUAGUCCGUUUGCAAGAGAUUCAAGUACAAGUCAAUGACGCACCAUUGUACCUGGCUGGAUCAAAAUUCCUUCAUCCCAAAACUUGCGUGGCUGGCAAAGAGAUUCAGUUAGAAGUCCUUCCAUUUGACGUAUUUGGUUGUCCCCUGUCUGCUAACUCGACUACUGAUUGUAAUCUCACCGAAGAUAUUCUAAAUUUACCUUUAAAGCUGAGUGAGAAUGAAGAAACCACGGACUUCAAAAUAACCAAGCAAGACUCCAACGAGACACGUAGCAUAUUUGUGCAAAAACCGUCUUCCAAAACAGCGAUCAAACAACAUAAGAAAGUAAAUAUAAAAAAGAUCAAUACACCUGAAAAUUUAAGUUUUACUGUCGCAGUUUGUUUUAAAAUAGCUGGCCUUAGAAAGUUAAGACUGAUCGUGCACUCUGGUUCUAAGUCAAGUUCUAAAGAUAUUUAUGUUAAGGUUCUUUCCUCCACGCCACAUUAUGUAAAUGAUGUCAGAUUUACAACACAUGGCGCGAUUGAUGAAAGUUUUUCUGCGGAUCCUACAGUCAUGUACAGGAACCAGUGGUCAAUCUUGGAGGCGGAGAUGGUUGAUUGCUACGACAAUGUUGUCCGUGAACUGAGUAAUGACUACAACAUUGAUUUACAGUUAUGCAACAAUGAAGGAAAGGAAAUGGAAUACAAAGAUGUGGAAUUUCGAAAUGAAAGACUUCGAGUACAAGUGAAGAUUAACGAGGCUGGGAAACAUAAUCUAGCAAUAACUGUGACAAAUAGGAACAACCACGAUCAAGUAAUCCGUUUGCAAGGGAUUCAAAUACAAGUCAACGACGCACCUUUGUACCUGGCCGGAUCAAAAUUCCUUCAUCCCAAAACUUGCGUGGCUGGCAAAGAGAUUCAGUUAGAAGUCCGUCCAUUUGACGUAUUUGGUUGUCCCUUGCCUGCUACCUCGACUACUGAUUGUAAUCUCACCGGAGAUAUUUCAAAUUCACCUUUAAAGCUGGGUGAGAAUAAAAAAACCACGGACUUCAAAAUAACCAAGCAAGACUCCAACGAGACACAUAGCAUAUUUGUGCAAGCACCUUCUUCCAAAACAGCGAUCAAACAACAUAGAAAGGAGCAAAUAAAUAUCAAAAAGAUCAAUGCAACUGGAAAUUUAAGUUUUGCUGUCACAGUUUGUUUUAAAAUAGCUGGCCUUAGAAAGUUAAGACUGAUCGUGCACUCUGGUUCUAAGUCAAGUUUUAAAUACAUUGAUGUCAAAGUUCUUCCCUCCACUCCAGAUCAUUUUAGUGAUGUCAAAUUUACAACACAUGGCGCAAUUGAUGAAAGUUUUUCUGCGGAUCCUACAGUCGUGUACAGGAACCAGUGGUCAAUCUUGGAGGCGGAGAUGGUUGAUUGCUACGACAAUGUUGUCCGUGAACUGAGUAAUGACUACAACAUUGGUUUAAAGUUAUCCGACGAUAAGGGAAAAGAAAUGGAAUACAAAGAUAUGGAAUUUCAAAAUGAAAGACUUCGAGUACAAAUGAAGAUAAAUGAGGCCGGAAAGCAUACACUGUUAAUAACUUUGACAAAUAAGAGUAGUCAAGAUCAAGAAGUAGUUCGUUUACAAGAGAUUCAAAUACAAGUCAACGACACACCAUUGUACCUGGCUGGAUCGAAAUUCUUUCAUCCCGUAACUUGCCUGGCUGGCAAAAAAAUUCAGUUAGAAAUUCGUCCACUUGAUGUAUUUGGUUGCGCCUUGCCUGCUGACUCGACUACUGAUUGUAAUCUCACUGGAGAUUUUCUAAAUUUAGCUUUGGAAUUAAAUGAGAAUAAGGAAACCGUGAAUUUCAGAAGAUUAAAGAACGAAUCCAAUGUCGUAAUUCGCGUUUCAAUCGUCCUAACGAAAGCUGGUCGUAGAAAAGUGAGGAUAAUUGACAAGGAUAAUAAAUCAAAAGAGCUAAGUAUUCAAGUUAAUCCUGAUGUAAACGAUGUGCACUGGGAGCUCACUGCUCCAAAAGAAACUGCUUAUAGAAGAGAAAAAUUAAUCUUAGCAGUGCGCUUGUUUGAUUGUUUUAAUAAUGAAGUACGAACUGAUGCAUUAGAAAAUCUGAUCCCGCAGCUUAUAAAGAGGGAUGGGCCUGAUGGAUUGCGUUUUACAGAAGAAUUCAACAACAAAGUUGCAAUUCAUUGCUACUUCAAGCAAAUAGGGAAAUACGAUCUUUGCUUAGCCGAUCGAGAUGGUACUUGUCUUGAGGGUACUUCGUUCUUAAUCACUGUACAGGAUGCUCCUUUAGAUUAUCACAAUUCAACCAUUGAAUGGAUACCUCAAUAUGAUGAUCUUCCAGAUCAACCUGUGUUCCCCGAAGACGAAACAUUUCAAUGUUGCCUGAGACUGAAAGACGUAGUUGGUUAUGAUUAUGACACAAAAAUAGCAAAGGGUUGUAUUAAAGUGAAAUAUGGUAAUACCGAGAUGAAAAACAUAAAGGUCUCUUCUUGUCCAAACGAUGUUGCUUCCUACAAUAUUGUUGUUCCAUCGAAGAAUCUUGUGAAAGAUGAUGCAAACCCGAGAUUUUGGUGCUUCGUAAAUGGCAGGAAAAUUGAACAACCCUUGAUUCUGCCAACAUUUGAAGGAUUUGAGAAGUAUGAUGAUGAUAGUAACUGUGUUAUAGAGCAUAGAAGAUACGAAUUUGUAAGGAUUGUUUGCUAUGGUGUUACGAGAAACGACAUUAUUGGAAGUGAUUAUGCUCACUUGAAUAAUAUCAAGAGAGUUUGCGAAUUGUAUGACGAUCCCGAAGUUGAGACUUGUCAAGACGAGGAUAUUGAUGAUGAUUUUGUAGAGUAUGGUGAUGAUGAGCCAAUCGGCGCAGAAGGAGGUGGUAAUGAUGAUUAUAACUAUGAUUAUGAUGCUGAUGAUUAUGAUAAUUAUGAUAAUGAUGAUGAUUAUGGUGAUGAUGAUGACCCCACUAUAAUUAUUGAACUUCCACUUGAAGAAAUCGUAUACGAUACAGAGUCAUGGGACUGGAUAGUUAUAUGUACACUUGAGGAAAUAGAACACAAGAUACAGGAUUGUCGGAAUAUUUUGCUGCAUCUUCUCAGGGCUAUCUUUUAUCGCAAAGAGGCAUUCGAACUAGACAAGGACAGAGAAGAUUGGAAAGAGAGAGCAAGUAAAAAUUACAGAAAAAUCGAAAAAGGAGAAGAUAUUAACAAAAAUCUUCCUCGGUUUUGCAGCCAAAUCAAAGAAAAGUACGCCAGACUUAUGAGAAGAUAUCACGAUGCUGCAUGCGACGAGUUUUUUCAGUUUUUUAAUGCUAAACGUGAUCAGAGUGAGAUUGAUCUUCAUGGAUUGUUGGUUGUGGAUGAAAAGAAGCUCCGGGAUUAUGAGCGACAACUUCGUUCCAGAGGUCGCAUGAGUUUGGACCAAGUGGAAAGAAAAAUCGAAGAAGAACGCGAUCAUGGUAAUGAGGCUAUAAGGUAUUGUACAUUUACUCUCUUAGUCUCUAUUUAUACCGCAGAGGUGUAUGCACGGCGAUGAGCUUCGAAACAUUUGACAUGGUUUCUUGUAGGUUUGAUGGCAAUAAUUAUAUUUUAUUAUUAUUAUCUUCAUAUUUGUCCAGGAUACCCACAUCACCAAAGUAUUUUUCAGUGGGGUCCUGCAAAUCUAAAUUACAUUAAUUGAAGAUUUAGCCAUGCACUAUUUACAGCUAGCAGCAACACAUAUAUACAAUAUAAUUAUUGAAAAGUAUUAAUAAAGCCUCAUUUCCAAUCGAAACGAAGCACAACGCACUUCUUUGUUUCAAAGACAUUAAUGCAAUUAAUAUUUAAUUUGAUUUUGUGGAAAACGCCCAUUAUUUACAAAGUUUUCGGUCCGUAAACCUGAGUAAAUAGUCUGCCCUAGCCUUGUAUUACGAUGUGUACGAUACUUCGUAUUUGUCUCUUCCGUCCAAGGAUUGAAGUAUAGUCGAAAAUAGUCUAGAGAGAGCUCUUUCAAAUUCUAGGAGAUUCAUGACAUCUUACUUGGCCCAAACCUGGAUCCCGUCUCCAGCUGCAUAGAGUCUCCUUCAUGUGGGAACCAGGUGGGAAUUUGCGCCUCCCCUCUGCCCCUCACAGCAGCUCUGUUAGUAGAAACUCUUUUUACUAUUCAACCAUAGGAAAUUGCGAGAAAGACUGGAUAAUUAUGACAAGGAAAAAGCCAAAGAAGAGGGUGAGCCAUGGCUUGAGAUCAUCGUUGGUUCUGGUCAUCACUCUAAAGUACGGCAAAACUCUAAAGUACGACAAAGAAUCCGACCAAAGGUGGAAGAAUACUUGAAGAAAAGGAAAAAAACGAGGAAAUUUUCUCCUGUUAACAAAGGAGCUUUGGUGGUCACAUUUGAAAAGUAUACUGGAAGUGAGCCAUGUUUUGGAGAGUAUUAUUGCACCAAAUGUGACAACAGAUGGCGAAAUGGUCGAAGUUGGAUUGGCAAGUGGCAAGCUUGUUACGACUGCUACGAAGAGGAGGGAUUACUCGAGAAAUGUUACCCACUCAAGCAACGCUGUAGAAGAAAACGGCAGAGUUACAAUCCCAAUAUUGUUUCAAGAAACCAACGGCCAUUUCCCGAACACCUUGAAAAACUUUGUGAAAAGUGCAUUGAACUUGGAAGGCCAUGUCCACGAGCGUGAUGAUUUCACCAUUUACGUGUAAGGGAGAAGAAAUUUCUCCAGGAAGAGAAAGAACUCUAUGAUUUUAAGGAUAUCGGUUAGAUUUAAUGUAUUGAUUAAGGUUAGGAUGGAUUAUAUCAGGACAUAGGUCAGGUUUAAACCAUUAGAAUGAGUUAUUAAUGCAUGAAUAAAUUAGCCAACUAUAUUACUUUAUUCUGCUCACAUGAUGAGACUGAAUAUAUCUGGUGAAGUAUAUUGAUCUUGUCGAAGCCUACGGGUAACAACUUGCAACAAGCCUGAUUUUCUCAACUUGCAUCAACAUUGAUGCGUUCAUCAGACUUGCUGCAAGUUGUUUCAAAACUUGAUAUCCACAGACUUAAUGCAAGUUGAUGAAACGUCUCCAAAUGACAACUUGCAGCGAGCCUGAUUUUUUCAACUUGCAUCAGCAUUGAUGCGUUCAUCAGAC